AGGCAAACUGCUACCUGAAUUGUUCCAGUAUGGUAAAAAAGUACUAUGAAUUCUUCAUGGUGAGGAGAACUCUUGUAGAAUUCAUGAUUGCAGUAAACUGAAUGAUUGGUGGUUAUGUAGAAGUUGUGUGAUAUGAUUAGAUUCUAGAUUUAGUUUGUAGCUUAACUUACAGUGCAUAGAAUUGUGAAGCGAUUUGUGUGCUCUAGCAUUAUUCGUUCAUUGAUGUAUUCGUUGAUAUUCUCUCCAGCUUUUGAUACUGGUUGAUAAAGCGGAUGGAGUCUGAAAGCAUCAUGAAUGCAUCAGUUACUGAUGAGGAUGCUCGUACUGGUGAAUUAGAGGCAGAUUCGCUCAACAGGGACUCUCUUGAAGUUCUAUCCUCGGGAGGAGACAUGAUGCCAGAACUGGAGAGUGCUGGGGAGGUGUUAACGAAGGUUGAACUGGAGUUAGCAUGUUUCUCCGAGAAACUGCUGAAUUUGGAUAUACUUGUUAUGCAUGUUGCAUCAAGGGAAGGGGAUUUUGAAGCUUUUCUUUAUGAGGAGGAGAACAAGUUUGAUGAUUCUGCAAGAAAUGCCGUGGAGUUCGAUUUCUUAUCUGGAUUUUUGGAAUCAGAGCUGAAGGAGGUAGAUAGUUUUGUAUCAUCUCUUCAAGUGGAAAUUGAUAAUGCCCGUGGAACGGUAUUCUCCCAUAAGCAUUUGGGUGCUUUUGAAGACAUCCAAGAGAAGUUAUUGGACUGUGACAAAUCCUUGAAGCAGUCAUUGGAGCAGGUUUCAGAAAUAAAGGCACAAUCAGACAGUUUUCAGAGAAUAUUAUUUACGUCCACUGGAGUAAAGCAUGGGAAGAACGUGGAGGUUCUUGAAAAUGGGCAUUCCCCUGACUUGAGCUCAAAGAUAAAAAUGCAAACUGUUGAGCAGCAGAGGCAUAUCUUGAAAAUGUUUGAAAAAUCUCUGGCAAGAGAGCUCGAUCUCGAAAAGAAGUUGACUGAUCUGGGACAAAGUGAAGAGCUUCUGAAGCUUAAGCUGCAACAAGAAGUUUUCUGCAUGGAAGAAGAAGUAGAGGUUGUUUCAGAGAAGUUUUUUGAGGCAGAAAAUGCGUCCGAGGUCUUUAUGAGGACGUCAAGAGAACUGUUGAGUCUAAUCCAGAUAUUAAAGUUCAAUUUGAAUGGUUUUGCUCAAAGGGAAGGAGAGAUGAGAUCCAAGUGUGAAGAAUUAAGUGAAGAAUUGAACAUGAAAGAUCUUGCCCUGCAGAAUUUUGAGAAAAUAAAUGAAGAACUCAAAGUGAAAUGUGCUUCACUUGAGAAACUUGUGGAGGAAUCUGAGUUUCAGCUGGGUAACUUGAAGGAGUAUUCAGACGAAAAUAAGGACUCUCAUGAUAAGGUUCGUGAACUGGAAGACGUGAUAAGGAAAUUGAAAGAAAAUAUUUCUGAAGCAGAAAAAAGGGCUGUGAGUGCAGAAGAUGUGAACAAAUUGCUAAAAGAUGCAAAUGCAGAGCUUAUGAAAGACCUGAGUCUUGUUCAAAGUAAUCAUUUUAGUACCUCAGAGAAGGUAAAUCUACUUGAGAGGCAGUUGAGGGAGUCUGAUAUUAAACUACAACAUGCAGUUGCAAGUGCUGAAGCAAGUGAGGAGAAGCAGACCAUGUUGUAUUCAACUAUUGGGGAUAUGGAAAAUUUGAUCAAAGACCUUAAGUCAAAAGUUUUAAAAGCUGAAAGUAUGACUGAUAGUGCAGAAGAGAAAUGCAUUAUAUUGUCAGAAACCAAUGAAGAGCUGAAUGAAGAAAUUAAUUUCUUAAGGAGUAGAAUUGAGAGCUUGGAAGCAUCCCUACAUCAAGCUGAGGAAACCAAGAGAGCAGCAGCAAAGAAUAUUGGCCUUCGAACUGAAUUAAUAAGGGAUCUGGUCAUGCAGGUGGCUUCGGAGAGAAAACGCCUACAUGAGCAGAUAAAUCUGCUGAAGGUGGAGAAAAAGAUUCUCGCAAGGCGUGUACAAAAUGUGAGCAAAGAUCAUUCGUUUACUUCGAGCAAAGAGAAAGAAGAUAUUGUCAAAGCUUUUCCAGCUGCCACCGAUAACAUUGCAAGUGCAACUUCUAAUGAAGAAAUUAAAAGCAAAGUGACUGAGGUCUUAGCCACGAAUGAGAAACUUGACAUAUCUGAGGCGCAGGCGCACUCGGCAAAUGCUGAAGAGCAUGCGGCUGAAAUAACACCACUUGAGCUUGACACCGUGAGGAAUAUAGAUCCAAGGGAGCUCAGAUCCAAAUACAUUUUCCGAGCACUUUUGGUUGUUAUCAUACCGAUUUUAAUAGCUGCCUUUUACCCACAUCUCCAACAGUGA